UGAAUCAGAAUGAACAUCUGGAAUAUGUCAAUCAGAAUCAUUUUCUUAUCACAAACUACUACUGGACUUCUGGGAAAUCUCUCUAUUUUGUUCUACUAUAUAGUCCUUUACCUCAGAGUUCCAUUGAAGCUCACAGAUUUAAUUCUCUUGCACCUAAUGGUAGCCAAUGUCUUGAUCAUUCUCUCUGCAGGAGUGCCCCACACAAUGGCAGUUUGGGGAUUGAAGCAGUUCUUGAAUGAUUUUGGAUGUGAGCUCCUAUUGUACAUUCAAGGAUUUUCUCGAAGCGUGUCCAUUGGGACCACCUGCCUCUUGAGUGUCUUCCAGGACAUAGCCAUCAACCCCAGGAAAUCAUAUUUGAACCACCAAAAAGUCAAGGCUACAAAGUAUAUUCAUUGCUCCCUUUCUUUUCUCUGGGUCUUCUACAUGUUGAUACGUUUCAUUUUCCUUAUGUACACAUUUAUCAAAAUGAACAGAAAGAACAUAACAAGAAAUCGAGAUUUUGGAUAUUGCUCUACUGUAGGGCGGGAUGAAAUCGUUGAUGUACUCUAUGCAGCAUUGGUGAUGUUCCCUGAGUUCUUUUUUGCUGUGCUCAUCACCUGCUCUAGCACCUCCAUGAUUGUCUUUCUGUACAGACACAAGCAGAGGGUUCAACACAUCCACAGCUCUCAUGGUUCCAGUAGAAACUCCCCUGAAUCUAGAGCCACACAGAACAUCCUGGUUUUGGUUUCUACCUUCCCGGCAUUUUAUACUCUUUCCACCAUCUUUCGAGGUUGUAUUGCUCUUUUGUAUAAUCAUAAUUGGUGGUUGGUGUACAUCUCUCGCCUCACUUCUCUUUGUUUCCCUUGUUUUGGGCCCUUUUUUCUUAUGAGACAUUAUUCAAUUUUGUCCAUAUUCAGUUUGGUAUGA